CACCCACAAUGAUAUUCAAGGCACUUGCGGCUCGUCUGCAGCGAUAGGAGAAAAGAGGAGAGAAAAAGAGAGCCUCACCUCCUCUAACAGCGAGUGAGGUAGGGAAAAGAGUCAGAGAGCGAGAGGAAGACGAGAGGCUGUGGAGUUAAAAGAAAGACUACGGCGGCUUGGACCUCCUGCCAGGACUCUUUAAUUGUCUGCGCUUUAUUAUAAAGUGUCUAAUUUUCACACAGAUUCGACAUGUCAUCAUCCGGUAAAGACAACAGCGGUGCCCAACACGCCAAUUACGUGGGACCUUACCGUUUGGAGAAGACGCUCGGAAAAGGACAGACAGGGUUGGUCAAACUUGGAGUCCACUGUGUAACAUGCCAGAAAGUCGCCAUUAAGAUUGUGAACCGUGAGAAACUCAGCGAGUCAGUACUAAUGAAGGUGGAGCGAGAAAUAGCUAUUCUGAAGCUCAUAGAACACCCACAUGUUUUAAAGCUACACGAUGUCUACGAAAAUAAAAAAUACUUGUACCUCGUGCUAGAACAUGUGUCUGGUGGUGAACUGUUCGACUACUUGGUGAAGAAAGGCAGGUUAACACCUAAAGAGGCCAGGAAAUUUUUCAGACAAAUCAUGUCUGCCUUGGAUUUUUGCCACAGUCAUUCCAUAUGUCACAGGGAUCUAAAGCCAGAGAACCUCUUGCUAGAUGAAAAGAACAACAUCAGGAUAGCAGACUUUGGCAUGGCUUCCCUUCAGGUUGGCGAUAGUCUGUUGGAAACCAGCUGUGGAUCUCCACACUACGCAUGUCCAGAGGUCAUCAGGGGAGAGAAGUAUGACGGGAGGAAAGCAGACGUCUGGAGCUGUGGGGUCAUUCUUUUUGCUCUGUUGGUGGGCGCCCUACCGUUUGAUGAUGACAACUUAAGGAAUCUUUUGGAGAAGGUGAAGCUGGGUGUGUUUCACAUGCCACACUUCAUCCCUCCAGAUUGUCAGAACCUUCUCCGUGGCAUGAUUGAAGUGGAUGCCUCCAAAAGAUUAACGUUAGAACAGAUCCAGAAGCACACGUGGUACAUAGGGGGCAAAAAUGAACCAGAGCCAGAGCAGCCAGUACCCAGGAAGGUGACCAUCCGCAGCCUGCCCUCUGCAGAAGACAUCGACCCCGACGUACUGGACAGCAUGCACUCUUUGGGCUGCUUCAGAGACAAAAACAAAUUACUGAAAGACUUGCUCUCAGAUGAUGACAACCAAGAGAAGAUGAUCUACUUCUUGCUAUUGGAUCGAAAGGAGAGGUACCCUAGUCAGGAGGACCAGAAUCUUCCCCCUCGCAAUGAGAUUGAUCCUCCGAGGAAGAGAGUGGACUCUCCCAUGUUGAAUCGUCAUGGCAAGAGGAGACCAGAGAGGAAGUCCAUGGAGGUCCUCAGUGUCACGGACGGAGGCUCACCUGUCCCGGCCAGGAGGGCUAUCGAUAUGACGCAGCAUGGACAAAGUAAAUCAGUUUACAGUAAAAGCUUGGAUAUUCCUGACGCCAGUACAAAAUGCAGCAAAGAAGAAAGGUCGCGGUCUAUUAGUGGAGCCUCCUCUGGUCUCUCCACCAGCCCGCUCAGCAGCCCACGGGUUACCCCUCACCCUUCCCCUCGAGGCAGCCCCCUCCCCACCCCAAAGGGCACCCCAGUGCACACUCCCAAGGACAGCCCAGCUGGGACACCUACUCCAACACCGCCCCCAAGCCCCUCUAUUGGAGGCAUGCCAUGGAGGACGCGGCUCAACUCCAUCAAGAACAGCUUCCUGGGCUCACCACGUUUCCAUCGCAGGAAACUCCAAGUUCCCACACAAGAGGAGAUGUCCAGCCUCACACCAGAGUCUUCCCCAGAACUUGCCAAAAAAUCCUGGUUUGGUAACUUCAUCAACCUGGAAAAAGAGGAACAGAUCUUUAUUGUCAUCAAAGACAAACCUCUCAGCUCAAUCAAGGCAGACAUCGUUCAAGCCUUUCUCUCGAUUCCCAGCCUGAGCCACAGUGUCAUCUCUCAGACCUCUUUUCGAGCAGAGUACAAGUCAACAGCUGGCCCCACAGUCUUCCAGAAGCCGGUGAAAUUUCAGGUGGAUAUCACCUACACAGAGAGCACAGCUGCCACUAAGGAGAAUGGCAUCUACUCUGUAACCUUCACCCUGCUCUCAGGACCCAGCCGGCGCUUUAAACGAGUAGUGGAGACGAUUCAGAGCCAGUUGUUAAGCACACACGAUCAGCCUGGGGUCCAACAGCUUUCCGGAAUUAUCCAGAAAACCUAUUAAAGUCCAUCCUCCUGCUCCCUGCUCCAUUCGCCCUCCCUCGACCACCCCUCCACACCCCUCCAGCGUGCCAAGAGACGGACAAUUGUUGACGGUGGACUCUUCUUAUAGCGGUGUGCUGGGGGAGGGGUUACCAUGGAAACAGACCCUUCAUGCAGACUUCUACCUUCAUCUUCCUCUGCACCCCGACUCCACCCCUGGCAGCCAUCGGUAGAAGUAGACAAAAAAAAUCCUGUAGUGUUCCCGUUCUUAGAAACACACAAGCACACACAUCCCAAUAAAACAAGACCACUCGCUCCCCUCACCAGCUAUCCCCGUUCUCUGACUUCAAGGAGCAUUUGCUAAUUGGAAAACAAGCAUUAUUCAAAAACACUACAGAUGCCACAUACGCAAAACAUGUACACGCAUACACGCACAGAUCCAGUAUGCACAAAAACUCUGGGAUGUCUCAACAAUGAUGAACAACAUUUUAAAAAAAAGAAGACAACAUGCAGAAACAUGAGGAGGAGAGAAGAGAGAGGAGUUUUGUGGAAAGCCCAAACAGCCGACACGGAUGCUUGCUGGAUUGUAUUUGUUUGCUUUUUAUUAUAAUGUACUUUCUUUGUGAAGAACUGGGUUUGAAAUACUGACUUUAUUAGACUUAAUACUAUUGCUGCAAAACAGACUGGAAUUGUUUUCAGAGAGGAGUCGGGUGCGAGCAGAACAGGGCAGCCGGGGAUAUUAAAUGACAGUAUAGGGUUGGGGGGAGGGAAGUGGGUGGAUAUUCGGGUAUUUAAAAUGAAUGAUCUAUUCUGUUGUACAGACUGAUAUCAUUUCUUAUGUAAAAAAAAAAAAGAAAUGUCUAGUUGUGACACUGUUUAGAUACCAUAGGAACAGGUUGGUAAACCUGAGCCUGCCACUUACUGUCAUUUUAAAUUCUGUGUAUUUUUGUUACAUGAUCAUGUACGUCUUUGUUUGAUUGACCCAAUAAUGAUCCAAACAUUCCUGUUUCCUAUUAUCUGCAGCACUUUUUCUCUUUGGUUUUCAUUUAUACCUCUCUCUAGUCUCACUUACCAGCAGUAGGAGUAGAGAAACAAACGAAAAAAUGACGUGAUAAAUGCAACUGUGGAUAUUUUUGUAUUGUUGUCCUUAUUUAUUCAUGUUUGUUCAUCUCACUGUUUGAUUUCCUAAUUUAUUAUAUCUUGGCUAUUUAUAUGAACAAAGCUGUUAGGUCAGUUGAAUGUUAUUUAUUACCCUCUUGUGUGUUCGUAAAUGGGACAUUUAAGAAAAAAAAGAACUUUUAUUUCCUUUGUUUUGGUCUGACUUUAACUGAAUUAUGUGAACUUUGACAAGUCAUAAAUUCUCUUUUCCAUGCUCUGUCUGCAGAGGGAAAGAGAACUUGUGGGAACUCUUGGAAAAAAAUGAUUUACCAGUAAUUUAAGAAUGUAGACUUAGCCUCUUUUUGGAGAGGGAAUAUGCUCUUCUAUUGAUAUUUGUCAGUUUCAUAUUAUUGUGCGUGUAGGCCAGGCUGGAGGAGAAGAACACCACAGAUCCUGAUCUGCUUCUUCUCUUUGUAAAUAGACAGACAAACCGUGGGGGUUGAUUGUCUUCUCAACAAUGCUGGGGAUUCCUGCUCUGUGCUUUUAGCUUGUAUUGCUGUGUGCAUGUCAAAACAUGAGCUUUUCUUUGCAUGGCUUUAGUGUUAAUGUUCCAUGCCAAACUCACUCCUUCUCUCAGCCUUCAUCACUUCUCUUUCCACAAAACUACCUUUUAAAAUUUAAAUUCCCCUUCUGUCCCUUACUUUCCCACCCUUUCUGCUUUUUUUCUGGCUCUUUUUUUUCUUUUAAAUUGUUCCCUUGGUCCUGCUGAUCUUUCCCUUCGUCCUCCUCCUCCUCCUUAUCUUGUGCACAAAGUUUUUGAAGGAUGCUUCCUCAACUCUGUACCUCUCUCUGGAAGGCUCUGAGGUCUGGGCUCUCUCUACCCGUUAGUAGUAGAGGCACAGGGAGGGGAUACCAGUACUACAAACACAAAGCAAUACCCUGAUAUGCGCCCUCCUUUCUGUUUUCUACAAUGGGAAGCUAGCAGCACUAAGGAUAUCCAAUGAUUCAGAGGCCUACAUGGGUCUUUUGACAGAGCAGGAGCAAAACUGACUGUAAUCCCCAUACAACAUAACUGUGAGCAUCUUCAGUGCUGA